UGGGGUGUUUUUUUUUGGUACAGAGAUCCCGAACAACAAGACAGGCAAUGUGGUGUGCAGGCAUUUUCCUAUUGGGAGAGAAGCGUGCAAUCGUCGCUGAGUUAUUAAUUGUCUCGCACACGUGAAUAUCUUGUUUCCACUUUGACACAUUGUUCAAUGUUGAGACUGAUAUACUCUCGUAAAUCAUAAUUAAAUUCCGGGUAUUCUGUAAAAAAUAUAUAUAUAUAUUUUAUUAACCAAGCACCACAAAAAACAGGCGUGAAGUUGCAGUUGUCUUUCAUAAUUAGUUUUGUUCAUGCAAUGGACAACCUCUUUUUGUGACAUUUCACCCAAAAAGUGUGUAGAUCAUUUAUUUUAUUUUACAGAAAAUACGUUUUGGUCCUACGUAAAGCAGUGUGGGAUUAGUAGGUUUGUACCUCGCCAUCUUUAUCAUAACGUGCUAAUCAUCCUCAUAGUCCUCAUUUGAUUAUUUAGAAUUUUAUUUUAGAUAUAAAUUCAUGCAACUUUUUUUCUCCAUUUUACCCUUUUACCGAAGCAUAGAACAAUUUCCAACCCGAAAAAAAAACUACCGCUGCCCUAACCCCCAAAUCACAGGCCGCACGCGUCCGUAAUCACGACGAUGGCUGGCAUAUGCCUGGGGUGGCUGGUCUUUUACAAAUCACGAGAGGGGUGUCUGUGGUCGGAGAGUCACGCGGGAGGGUGAAGAUCCGCACAUUUUUGGUCGAGGUGGGGGUAGAAUUUAUACUUUAAAUCGCACGAUUACAGCGUACAAUAGAUAUACUCCAUUGAACGUUCAAUAUACAUUUUCUCGAUCCGGUCACGGUUUCUUAUCUAGUAUUAAAACAUAUUUCGUUCAAUGUGUAAACAAUUAAAAUUGUACACAAUAAUAGUUAACAGCUCAUUAUUAUUCCAGCUAAACGGUUAACCAUUCACACGUUGCUCUUAACUAAAUAAACAGGCAAUGCCCCACGGGAUAUCUAAUCGGUUCCACUUGCACAGAUCAAUCAUGCAUCCCUUUAGCCUGCGCUUAGGAAAUGUUAUUCAAAGUAACGAAAAAAAAGAAACGUCAAAACGUGAGCCCAAGUGACUUCGACCCUGUGUUUUAGACACACGGCUGUAGCAAAAAGAAAGUGCAAGGAGAGCACCUGGAAAACUUUGAUUAACCUUGGAAUUUGUGAGCGAGCUUCGAUUUUUUUUGUUUUGUCGUGUGUUGACGCGCGUGUGCGCACUUGCGCGCUCCAAACUCGCGUGAUUUGCUCGCAGUGCUCGGUCGCGCAAAGGUCAAGAAAAGGGGCGAAAGGGCGAUCGUGCACAGCAAGCAUGUCCAAGAAGAGGGCUGACCCCAAGGUGAUCGGCCUGUCGGUCACCGUGGGACUUCUGGCCAUCGCCCUCAUUGUGUUCAUCGUCCUCUUUGCCACCAAGGAGACGUCAACUCCCCCGGCUCCGGGCGCCUGCACGAGUCCAGACUGCACCGUAUCAGCGGCGCGAAUCCUGGAGAACAUGGACCCGAGCGCGGACCCCUGUAAGGAUUUCUACAAGUACGCUUGCGGAGGAUGGCUCAAAAAGAACAUCAUCCCAGAAACCAGCUCUCGUUACGGUGUCUUUGACAUCCUGAGGGAUGAAUUAGAAGUUGUCCUGAAAGCUGUUCUGGAGAAGUCUGAUGAUGCAGCACGUGAUGCUUACAAGAAAUCAAGGACACUCUACGCCUCUUGCAUCGAUCAAGAAAAAAUCGAAGCCCUCAAUUCCCAGCCACUGCUCCAACUUCUUGGAAAUGUGAAUGAAUGGCCGAUCGCAACCGUGAACUGGAAUACGACCCAAGGACCCACGUGGAUCUUUGAGAAAAACCUUGCAAAUCUGGCCAAGAAGUACAGGGUGCGACCGAUCGUCAACACCUAUGUCGGGAUCGAUGACAAAAACUCAACCGCCUACAUCAUCAACAUUGACCAGCCAGGCUUUGGCCUGCCCUCCAGAGACUAUUACUUCUCAGAGACAGAAAGCUACGUCAAGGCUCGGGAGGCAUACAAAGAUUUCAUCGUGGCGAUCGCCAACAUCGUGCGGAGAGACAAGGCGAUUCCUGACGACGAUGUGUUCGUGCGGGAACAAAUGGAGGGGCUCUUCAACUUUGAGAAAAAACUCGCCGAAGCAUCUACCCCAGAUGAGAACAGGACCGAUAUCACAUUGAUCUACCACAAGAUGAGUCUGUCAGAGCUCAGCACCAACUACAGCAUUGGCAAUUUUUCCUGGCUCACCUACAUGAAGGACAUCUUUAUUGAUAUCAAAGAUAUUAGUAGUGCCGAAAACAUCGUGGUCUAUGCACCAGAAUACUUGAUCAAACUGAAAACCAUCCUGGAAGAUGAAACACCGAGCACGAUUCAAAACUACAUCGUCUGGAUGCUCACCGUGGAACACGUAGAAUCUCUCAGUCAAAAGUUCAAGGAUGCCAGAGCUGAAUUUCGCAAGGCUUUGUAUGGAACAACGUCGGACAAGGCUCGCUGGAGGAGCUGCAGCAGCUACGUCAACAACAUCCUCUCCAACGCUGUGGGAGCUCUCUACGUGGAGGAAGCAUUCGCCGGAGACAGCAAAAAAGUGGUGCAAGAGCUUGUGAAGUGGAUUCGCGAAGUGUUCAUUUCAAACCUGGACAAAAUUACCUGGAUGGACGACGCGACAAAGGGAAGGGCGCGCGACAAGGCUUUUGCUAUCGUCGAACGGAUCGGAUAUCCCGAGUUCAUCGUGGAUAAAAACGACCCCAAAAUCGACGAAGAAUACGCCGACCUGGCGUACAGCACCACUGAGUACUUUGCGAACACGCUGGCAUCACUGGCGUUCGACUCGAAAAGAAGACUCGCAAGAAUCAACACCGCAGUGGACAAGAACGAAUGGAUCUCAGGAGCGGCUGUGGUCAACGCUUUCUACAGCUCGAGCUACAAUCAGAUAGUGUUCCCAGCGGGGAUCCUGCAGCCGCCCUUCUUCGGCCUGGAUCAGGCCAUGUCCUUGAACUUCGGAGGCAUCGGCAUGGUCAUCGGGCACGAGAUAAUCCACGGCUUUGACGACAGCGGUCGUAAUUUCGACAAGGACGGCAACCUGGUGGACUGGUGGUCGGCCGAAUCGGCUAAAAAUUUCAAGCAGAAGUCGCAGUGCAUCAUCGAUCAGUACGGCAACUUCCAGUGGGACCUUGCCGGAGGACAGAACCUGAGUGGCAUCAACACGCUGGGAGAGAACAUCGCUGACAACGGAGGCAUCCGUCAGGCUUACGAGGCUUACAUGGCAUGGGUCAAGGACAAUGGCGAAGAACUGCCACUGCCCGGGCUCCAUCUCAGCCACCAACAGCUCUUCUUCUUGAACUUUGCUCAGGUGUGGUGCGGCGAUUACAGACCCGAGUAUGCCAGCAACUCGAUUAAAACAGACGUGCACAGCCCUGGAAAGUUCAGGGUCAUUGGAUCCCUGCAGAACUUCGAGAAGUUUUCCGAGGCCUAUCAGUGCAAGGCCUCCGACGCCAUGAACCCCAGAAGCAAGUGCCACGUUUGGUGAAACGGAGAAACGACUUUUCCCCAAAAUAACUCGUGCGUGCCGUUGCGUACCGUCAGCCACGCGACGACGCAUCGACUCGUCGAGGAAAAUCUUUUUUUCACUUACCGCCCUUCGACAACGACGAUGCUCGCACGGAAUCGCGUUGCUGGGAAUAGUUUUUGCUUUGUCUCAACUCAAGAGGUCCCUGCCUGCAGCCACCACAAUUGGUGGUUGCUUACAUUCGCCACAAUUUAAUCGAUUAUUUAAUUGAUUCUUUAAUCGGAUUGGAUUCCCCCGAACUGUCACAGUUAAUUGAAUCGUAAGGCAAGGCGGUGGGUGGGUGGGGGUUAAUGAUCACAUGCACGCAGUGUUGAUGCACGCAGGGUGAGGGAUUGCCAGGAUGUCUUCAACAAAGGGAAGUCAAGAGCGACUUAGGAACGGCAGCAAAGGGGGUGAAAUCGUGAAUGUGUAGCGGUACGGUCGUGCGGAUGUUAACAGUGACACAGUGUAGUGGAUUGUUGCACAGCAGCAGCAUAAAUGUAAGAGGCAGGGACAAGCAAUGGAACGUCAGUCUCAUCGUAGUCACCCCCCCCCCCCCCUCCGCUGUGACAAAGGGCCAGACCCACACAUCUCUGAGGUGUUGUGAUGCUUGUCCACACCACAGCAGGCUGCUUUGGCCUCGGGGAGGCGUCGGAACCGGUCCAGAUACCAACCACUGAUGUUAGGCGUACACUGGAAUCGAACUUGGCCCGGUCGGGAGCGCAAUGAGCUAGUCGCUGUGCUACUGCUCCCCAGAGUCAGCACACCACACACGCGCGCGCGCACGUGCGUACGUUUGCACGGUCAACAAUUGCUUCUCGCAAAAUGCAAACGACACGCGUGCACCUUGCACGAAUGGUUAUUUGCAUUUUCUUUUCGGACACUCCCAACCUCGAAAGUGAGCUCUGGUCCCUGCUGCUGAAAUGUAAUACUGGGUGGCAAAGAGUAUUGCAAUUAAAUAGCAAUCGAUAGAAAAACUCAUCUUGCAAAAAAUAAUGUUGGCAAUUAUCCAAUGCUCGGUUCUACUCGAAUAGGAAAUGGGCAGAAAUUAACGAGUCAGUUUUUUUUUCUGGAUAAAUAACACGAGUUUUAAGAUAUACAUAAUGUAGAUGCGUCCAGGAAAGACGUUCACGAAGAAAUAGUUUCAACUUCAAAUGAAAGCCUGGAUUAUCAGAAUCAGUGUGAAUGUAUUCCUCAAGGACUGAUUAGAUAGUGAAUGACAUAUCAUUUAGAUUGGACGUCAUGGCCUCGUCUCCGAUACACAGCAUCACAGUGGUUGUAUACACAAACUACGGCAAAGCAUGUAUGUACAAUUAGGAAAAGGGCACAGUGAAAUCUUAAUAUAAGCAUAUAUUGUAUAAGCAGAGUUCUGGUUAGCACGGUUGGCUACGUACGGUGCAAAAUAAGUUGAACACACACAAUACAAAAGGCAACCUCUGAUAUAAGCACACGUUGGUAUAUAAGCACGGCUGGAUUUGCUCCGAUGGGGGUGUGGGUCAUAUCUAGCAGCUGCUGCUGCUGCAGGUUUAUUGUGAAGUGACGUGCGUGACAAUCGUGACAUCCUGUGUGUGUAACGGGGCUUAAAUGGACCAACAUCGAAACAAAAGCAAUGGCUGGGUGAACAACAUCAGCUUCGCAUGUAUUGGUGCUUCAUUAAAUGAGCAAACGUCAUACGUUUUCAAUCAACACAUUACUCAACUAAUACUAACAGAAUGUACAUUCUUUUGUUUUGUAUUUGUUUUAUAUUAAUAGGUGAAUAGAAUUAAGGGAAACGUCAGAUGUGUUGUGCAGGCAGCUUUUGGGAAGUUGCAUUCAAAGGCUCAAAGCGUAUUCGCGAGUCUCAGCUUAAGCCACCCCCUGCUGAUUUCUCACACCGUGGUACUCGUUUUAUCGACCACCCUGGGAUGAUAAUGAGCCGAGUCCAACCCUUUAACCGGGAUUUGAACUCUAACCACAGUACCGUCGGAUCAACUGGAAUCCCAUUGCCUCAACUUUCAUCUCAAAACGUUUCCAUUUGAUUUUAACAGUCCACACAGCUGUACAAAGACAAAUAUCCCCUGUAUAGCCUGAACAGACUGUUGGGGCAAGUGCUGUUAGCGAGCACCUAUGAAGGCCGGCACGGUACAUAAGGGGGUGGG